UUAAAAAGUAAGGAAAGGUAGUUAGUUGUGUCAGACUGAAGUCAGUCAGAAGGCAGGGUAGAUAUGCACCUUUAUAGACUAAGAUAGAUCAAUCUGAGAGAGACAGCACACAAGCUUUUAUGAAUCCAGGUUCACUUCAUCGGAUGCCAUGCAUCUGAUUAAAAAGUGGCUAUUCCUAUUCAUGUGCAGAUUCAAAACAAACCAACCCUCUCUCAAGUUCAAAGCACCCUUGAGUGGGACAUUUGCAUUAAUUGUUGAAUUGGAGCAAUGAGUUUAGGAAGGAGAAGACUUGAUGAAUAGAGUGCAGGAGUAAUAAAGUUUUGUCACCGUACAGGAACAGGUGUCACAAGAGACACUGCCCUGAGGGUUUCAUAAAGGGAAAGGAAGGUAUUUUCACUUGUCUACAAAUGAGGUUUCAAUAGAAACAAGCUUCAGCAUGCUUAGAAAUUGAAGCCAAAUUCAACCCAUUCAGCAAACAGAAACCAUUCUAUUACAGACUACUUCAAACCAGCUUCAAAACAAGAGAGAAGAAAUGUAAAAAAUGGAGAGGUUGGACUGUCAGUCAUACAUGCAGAACGAUUUGAAAAGGCAAUAUCUUCUCCAGAGAAAGGUAGAAGGAAAAAGAUGCCAGUCCAAACACCAACCAAGAGUCCAGUGCUAGAUGCCCUUUUGAGAGAAGCUAAGAAAGAAAAAAAGGACAAUCUAGCCACUUCAGAAAACAGUAGAAAGUACAUUGCGCAGAGCACCAUAUAUCCGAAGGUUGUGGUUAGAAAACUCUUUUUAGAACAGUUGCAAGACCCUGGAGGUAUAACCAAAAAGCAAAAGGAUGUUAAGCAUGACCUGGGGAGAAAUGAGAAGGGUCCAGUUUUACCAAGAACACCGUUGUCUUGUGGCAAUAGUAGAGAAUGGAGGACUGAUUAUGUGGAUCUAGAGGAGGCCAGUUCAGGCUCCAACAAACGGGUUUUGACACCAGAAGCUGAUGCCCUGAAGGACAACGCCAGAAGUAUUGGUAACAUGAAUGGUACUUCGUGGAGUCCAAGAGCAGACCACUCCCCAAUGCUGCAGCGCACCCCUGGUAAUUCUCAAUUUAGGUUAUCCUUGGACUCUUACAACAGAGAGAGAGAGAAGAAGAAACAAAGAAUGGAACGAGCUAAGCAGCAUUCUGUCACCCCAGUAAAGGCACUCUCUGGAACAAGCGUAUCAAAUCAGGACAAUGGAGGUCUCUUAAAGAAGAGACCAUACUCUGCUUCAUGGGAGACUCCUUCAGAUCAGUCUUCUGAAUCGAAACUGGUUUCAAAACCCAAAGUACCUUCUCCAAACCAAUCUGGACGAUCAUCUGAAAAAUCUGUUAACGUGUUGAAAAGCCAGUCCUUUCCAUCACUUCACCUUAACUCAGAAAUUUCUUCUGAACCGUCCAAACACACAGAGUUUCCUGGAAAAAGAAAACGGAUCUCCAUGCAUACGGAAAUGAAAAGUUCAGGUGAACCUCAUUCCCAUCGGUCUGAACAACAUAAAAAUGGAAAAUCUGAGUUUAUAAAACUCAUCAAGUUAAAGUCUCCACAGAAUGGUAUUCUGCAACUAGAGGAUGCUGCUACUUCAGCCGGAGAUGAUAUGCUUCUUUCAGAAGACUAUCGGGACUUAAAUGAAAAAGAUAACUCUUCUCCUGUGGAUUCACGUUCUGGAUGCAAUGCAAGUACAAAUGAUCAAAUGUGUGUUGCAGAUUCCAAAGAAAAUAAUUUGCAAGUAACUCACUCACAACUCUUUUUGGAAAAGUCUCAUCCUUUUUCUCAAGAAAAACCUGGCAUAACGAAUUCUCCCGGUCAGUUAACAAGAAUUCAUGUAGACACUGUGUAUACAAAAGAAACAGAAUGCCUACCACGUUCUUCCCAGGUUCAGACGGCCAGUGUGUCGUCUUUGGUAUUGGGCCCUAAGAAAGAGCGAGACCCACUGAGACCGACAGAACCUGUCCUCUGUAAAGCUGGUAAUACACAGCAUCCCUCAAAUUCAAACAGAAGCUUUUCUAAAUCAAGAAAGAACCGUGAAAAAACCUCAGAAGAUGCUUCUAAGCUGCCGACAGUGGAAAUUUCUGAGAAGCCUGUAUCUUCAGUAAGGACUGGUAAAAAAAGUGUUGCACGUUCACUGUCUUUUAAAGGUUCAGCUAAUAACCCUAGCUCUUCACAGUUUUUAAAUGAGUUGGACACUGAAAGCCACACAGUAGAGACUUCUGUGCUGAAUGGGAAUUUAAGGAACAGUUUUGAUAGUGAAUAUGAGAGUAUUGAAUGCAAUCUGGAAAGUGAAGAAGAAGAAGAAAUACUCUUACCACUGCAGGAAAUCCUGUCUUUGAGUUCCAAACCACAGAAUAGAACCCCAGACAGAGCUUGUCUUCAGGAUCUUUCACAGGAUACCAUGUCUCCCUCACAAAAACUUCCUCUUCUACAGCUUCCCGUUGUUACUGAAGUGUCUUAUGUGAACAGCCUGGAGCAUCUUGUGAAGGAGAAAGAAGAAUCCAAAAGGGUGGCUGAAUUGGAGAAGCAGCUACAGAAAGACAUUCAGCGAACAGAAGUAAGUUCUUCAGUUGAAGUAGAGGAUGAAAGCACCCAAGAAGAUGGAGAUCUUUCAGAAGAGCACAGGGCAUUUUUACAGAGAUUUUCAGUAAUAACUGAUGCGAUUCCUGAUUACCACCCUGGGGAAGAGAUAUUUCACUUCUCAAACUCUGGAAGAAUCUUCAGUCACCAUAACCUUGACUUGAGGAAUUUUGGAUUCAACUCUCAAAAUCCUAUAGAAAAACUCCUCCUUAGCUCUGAAGUAAGACAGCAGCUUUCUUUAACAACUCAGGGGUUCCUCAGUUCUGCUUACAGUUGUACUCAGUGCCCCAUGCCAGUUUUAAAGUGGCUGUUUCAGAUGAUGUCGGUUCAUUCAGACUGUUAUGUUUCAACACGGAUGUUAGACGUGUUGAUGGAGAUGACCAUUAAAAAUGCUUCUAUUGGUGCUGAACAUUUUAGACCCUGGGUUCCCUCCCUGUCUGACAUAUCAGCUGUGUUGAUCAAUAUGGGAGUUCACUUUAGCACUCUCUUUCCUCUGAAACAUCUUCAGCCCAGCUUCAGUGAAGGUGAUAUUUUUAGAUCCAAAAUGCAAAUGUUAGUGAUGAAACCAGCAAGUGGAAACAUCUCUUCAGGUCCAGCUUUCUCUUGUCUGCCAGAAACCAAUCUAAUUAAUGUCAUCAAGUUUUUAGCUUUUUGUACAACUAUAUAUCAGGAUGUCUAUACAGACCAAGAAUUAUUGCUACUGCUGUUACUGCUGUUCAAAAUAAGCCUGGAAAAACUAUUGAAGCAAAUUCCGUUAAUAGACCUUCAGUGCCUUGUGAUAAAACUGCUGAAAAGUAUGAGAGACUGGGAUGCCAAGAUGUCUGAAUUGUGCCUGGCAAUGAGUGACCUUUCUAGUCACCACCAUGACCUCCUGUGGUUGGUUCAGCUGGUCCCUAGCUGGGUAACACGUGGAAGACAAGUAAGAAGAUGCCUUAGCCUCAUAAUCAUUUCAAAAUUUCUUAACCAAAAGAAUACAAGAAUACCAGACACCAGUGACCAGCAGCUCUCUCACCUGUAUCAGUAUCUGGUGUACAUAAAGCCUUCUAGUAUAUUAAAGAAGAAGUUAGAAGAAAGAAUGGACCAGCAGGGUGACCUCACUGGAGAAUACCUUCAGACAGAGCUAGAGCAGCAGGCUUACUAUCUGACCUACAUUCUUCUUCACUUGGUCAGUGAAGUUUGUUGCUUUGAUGUUCUGAAUUCUAAUCAGAGGCAACACUUACUGAGGCUCAGCAGUGCCCUAGAUAAACAUGUGAAGUGUGAUAUUAGGGAAGAUGCAAGACUGUUUUACAGAACUAAGGUAAAAGACUUAGUUGCUAGGAUAUAUGGCAAGUGGCAGGAAAUGAUACAAAACUCUCGUCCUACUCAGGGGAAACUGCAUGAUUUCUGGGUGCCAGAUUCAUGAAACAUCAACCAGGUCAGGGGAAAAAAACAAAGAAACUGAACAAGAGCUUCUUCUGUAACCAAGAAAGCCUUUGCAAGUUGAGUGAAAAUUUCAGCAUGGUUGAAACAAAAGCAGUCGGACGCUAGAAUCAAAACAUCAGCUUGGUACAGUUUGCAAUUAAAAACAUGCCUGUCCCAUUGAUUUGCAUUAUUUUGAUAGAUUACCUGUUUUUCAAACCUUGUAUAAAUGUAAUAUAAGAGAAUUUGCUUCUCCUAAUGGCUUGUCUGAAUUGGCUGCUAAUGUUUUAGUAUAUUGAAAGCCAAAAGGGAAGCUUUCUCAUUUUACUUCCCUUGCUAAAAACCAUUGACCUAUAAAAAAAAACAAACAAACAAAAAACCCCUCUUUUAAUAGAUUUUAUUUAAAAGAAGAAAAGAACCAUUUGUUUUAUUGCCUGUAUACACCCGUAAGUAUUGCAGUUGCACUGCUAGAGAAGGGAGCAACCCUUUAAACAGAAUGAUAGCAUUCGGAAGCAGUAUUAAGUCUGUCCUUUUCCAUUUUUUGUGUGUAUGUGUUUGUAUUGAAGGGGAGAAUUAGACAGACAGAAGUGGACUGAGAGAUUGUUUGGCCUGCAGCUCUGCUUUCUAUCCGUUCUGUGGAACAGACCUGGCAUGGCCGUAUGAUGCCUUUUAAUGGUCUGGAAUGAACUGAUCAAGGUGGGAAUGGUGCCUGUCCAGAUGAAAGUGAUGGAGGCUGAUGUGGAGAACAGCUGUUCUGGAGAACAGGCAGAUUGAUAUAGCAAAAUAAAUGAGCUCAGCCACUGUGUAUUGCCUGUUCCAGCAUUUAAAGAGAAGCGUUACAAGAUGCAUUUUCCCUCUUCAGGUUGUAGAGAGCCUGGACAGGAGUGUGCGCGCACAGAAGACUUAAUGGUUACAUAAAGCCAUAUUACAUGGGUAAUUUUGCUGCAACUAGAGUAAUAAUUUCUCUGCCUGAAAGGCAAAUUUAACUGCAUAAUCUGGCUUCAGCCCCUCUCUGUAAAUGACUAGACUCUUAAAGAUAUCAAUUUAGUUUAAAUUUGGGAAAACCAGACCUUGCCGGUCUUCUACUUCCCGCCAUCCCACCAUCAUCUUUAUCCGCCUAUGUAAAAGUAGUUGUAAAAGACAUUUUAUGCCUGCCCCUGUUCCUUAGUGCCAGGUUUUGCCCAUACACACAUUCUCAAAACUCCUGCUAAAAUCUGAGCUGUGUAUAUAACAAAACAAGGGCAAAAGCCGUCCCCUUCUUUUGUGCUAUGAGCAAACAUUCCCACUUAAGUCUUAUACUGUAUUUAAUCUGCAGACUCUAUUUAAAUUGCUAAAUUGAAGGAUUUGGUAGAAACACUACCUGAUAAUAUCUUGUUAAUUAAGGCAAGGUGUGAUUUAUUUUUUUUAAUUUUUUUUUUUUAAGUUUAUGCAUUUCGUAUUACCCUUUGUAGGUGAGCCUCUCAUGAUAAACUUCACAUUCUGAUUUCUUGCACAGAUAUAAGGCUUAAAUUGAAAGAGAAAUCCCCGCUGUAAAUAUUUAGGGAACUACAACAGAACGUUGGGGAGUGACUUUAUUAUAAGCUUAAAAAUAUUCUUACCUGAUUUAUUCACUUUUGAACUUUGCUGUUAAAUUGUUUUUAAAUUGCUAUUUCUUGUCCUCCAUUUUGGGUGUUAAUGUGCUAAUUAUAUUGAAGUCUAGAAAGCCAAAGCAUCUAUAUACCUUUCAUAGGACAGUCGGCCUGAAUCUAGUAAAACAAGAUUCAGGCUGAUGGCACCAUUCAGAAAAAUAAAUUUCUUGUUUCAUGUCAAUAGAAAUUGGGGAGUUGAGGGGGGAAACUACUUUGGAUAUUUUUGUUUGGUUUAGUAGAACUAUUUAAGGCAAAAAAAUUAUGGUGGCAAUAUAAAGUAUGCAACUUCCUCUCUUUCUCUGCAGUCUGCCUUACUGGAACAAUAUAUUAAUUCUUUCCUUCAUGUCAGUUACUGUUGUGAAUAUAUUGUAUGUAAUUUUAUUAGGGUUUAUAUUUUUUUUGCUAACAUUAUGUAAAGUUAAAAAACUAUAGGAUAUACUGUAUUCUUUACUGUAAUUAAUGUGUAUAUAUUUUCUUACUAUGUAAAGGUAAAGUGCAUAUCUUGUACAUUUGGGGAAAUAAUGGGUCAAAAAUAGUUUUUGACAACUAGUCUUUUUGUAUUGCAGUUCAAAGCACAUAAACUGCCAGUUUUCUAAUUGAAUAACCACUUUGAUAUUUACUUUUUAUUUAAUGGAGCUAACGAAAAAUAAAACCAAACCUGUUCUUUUAAUUAUUCUUUGCAUAGAAGAAGCAGGCAUCAGUUUUCAUUUUAUGAGAUGGCUGCAGGUCAGAUUUGCUGUCUUAUUACAGGGCUUGCUUGUUGCUUUUAUGCACACAGUUAAUUAGAUUAUUAUAAUUGGCGAAUGUCUUGAAGUAACACUUGGCACAAGUACUCCUGCACUUUUUGCACUUAUUUAAAAAAAAGGACAAAAUGAAUUAAGUGUCUCUUACUCCUCUCCCCCCCGCUUUCAACUUUUGUAUACAAUUGGUUUAAUAGGUUCUUGGAGAAUCAAUAUCAAUCAGUGCCAUGUCUGGUAAUCCCAAAACGUGCUGCAGCGUCCUUCAGAGGCCCCCAUCUGUCUCUGAAAGUGGAGUGCAACAAAGACCCGAGCCUGGUGCUGUUGGAUUUUGCCAAGCCGUUGUACUGCCCCUCUGAUUUUAAUGCUCAUCCAGAAAAACCUAAUUGCAGAUUAGUGUCACGUGACUUCUCUUGUCCUUGACUAAGCAUUUUGCACUGAGGUUUAUCUUUCAAUAUUAUGCUGGCUUCCUUGAGAUCCACUUAAUUUAAUUUCAUGGGUAAUUAGGUGCACUUAAAAUUAAAGGACAACUACAAAAAAAAAUACACUUAUGCUUCUCUUUGCAACUAUUUUUCUGAUGAGUCUUUUGUACAGUUCAUAAAAAUAGGUCAGUUAAACUCUAUUUUUAAACCUCUUUGCACAGUGGUGACAAGCCCUUGUGCAUCCAUCACUUAAUACUGCCCAGCUUUUGAAAUUGGAUAAUGGAACUGGGUUUUUUUAGAAACACCUAAAUGAUUUUACAGCUGCAGGUCCUAUUGGCUUUCACUGGGACGUAUGCUCAGUCGGCACUCCUGAAAAUCCAACCCGUGCUGACUGUUAUGGAAAGUUACUGACGUUUAUGAAGCAUGAAUGAGCUCAGAUGAUCUUUGGAAGGUGUAGGGGAAUUGGACCCUCAGGGAUCUGCUGCUCAUUGGUGACACUUCUGGCAAGAGCGUUGCACAGUCAUUGGGUUGUGGAAGUGAGCCCUUCUGUACACGUAGUACAGAACUCGCCUAUCCAGGUAUUUUUAAUCCAUGAAGUCUCUUACUGCUGUCAUCAACAAGGAAUCUCUUUGCGCCUUCCAGAAGUGCUUGAAGCAUCAUGAUUGACAUCUGCUGUCUGUGGCUUGUUCUUUCUCUUGUCCUCUCCCAGGAAGAGAAUUGUGUGCACAGGUUAGUGUGUUUCUUGGUAGGGCUUUUGCGUUUAAUGUGAAUUCUCUUCUGUCUCCAUUAGACUGCAGCUUCAAGAGUCCCUUGCUGUUUGGAGCCAUGAGGCUUGUGUGUGUGUUGUUUGCUUGAGGGUCUUCUAGGUUCGGUGUCUUUUGGACUUUCACGCAUAAUUUAGCGGUCGGGUCAAGAGAGCCUGGGUUGCUGGCGCCAGAUAUGAGCCUGGUAAGAUGGGGUUAUCUUCAUGUGGUCUGUCACAAAUUAUUAUGUUCUGCCACCAUGGCAGGGGCACUCGGUAGCGCUCUGGUGGAUAGAAAGAGCUGGAAGGCUACAAAACGAGAGAGGUGGUAGUGUUACCUUGCAUCAAAAGCUCUCAGGCUGGGUUAACAUUAAAAGAUGGUGCUUGUUCUCAACUGUUACCUGUUAUUAUCUUGGCCUCCACCCUGAAAACCAUCUGCUUGACAUGCUUUGUCUAGGCAAGCUGUAUGGGAGAAAAUGUCUGUUAGGAGGGUGUUUUUAUACGAUUUUUAUGCUAGUUUGAUACUCUGAUCUUUAAAAAAAGAAUGUUUUCCUGUAUGUUCAGCUGCAGGCACUUUAUCUCCAUUUCCUUCUGGCGCUCUGCACAGCUCGUAUCAAAUAAUAUCAUGAAAUGAUGAGUGUGGGCCGGGAGUACGGAGUCUCGUUGGACUCUGUCGCAGCUGUGAUGGAAUGGUUGGUUAUCCAUAAUGACUGGGAAUACAGGCCCAGGGCCUCUCAUUGUGUGUUCAUUCACCCUGGCAGCUGCUUGCAUGCACGCCAGUGCUAUUUUAAAUGCUGCUGAGAAAGCCAGAAGGAUAAAUGUGGCUGCUUCCCUGAUCUUUGGGAGGAUGUCUUUCACCACAGGUUCCAAAUACACCUGGCUGAACAAGAUGCAGGGCGAGGGCACUUGGAAUUGGACUUGUUUUAUGAAGAGGGCAUGCUUAGAAAAUGGGACUUCUGCACUCCGUAGGUCAGUGGCAGGGAAAUCCAACUCUUAUCUUGUCUGCCAAGUGCUGGCUGGAAGAAAAGAGCUAGCAGCUAUGAGUGAGCAGUCCAGCUGCUUUUGAGAUGCAGGGGAUGGAUAAAAGGAUUAGCUUUCCCGUGCUGCCUUUGGUAGCAGCAGUCUCAGUCGUGUUCAUAGCAGCGAGCUACUUUUCAAGCAGCGCUGCCUUUCUUCAAGUGUGUUGCUUUCUGCACUGAAAACUUACACAAGCUGUGUGGAAGAAAAUGUUUGUCGGGUUGAUUUUGAUGCUUUGUACACUUCAAGGUUUCCCCCUUGUAUAAUA